CUUUCUUCUUCUUUUCUUCUCUCCAUUGAUUGUCAAUUACACCAUUAAUUGUAGUGCUUCUCGGUCUCUGUAACACCCUGCUCCCUCAUCCCUUAUUGGGAAUUUGCACUUCUUAAUUGCUGUCCAACCAAACAAACAAACCAACAAACACUUCCUUCAAAAUUUUCUCACUUUUCGUCUUCCAAGUCUUUGCUUGCUUUUAUCUCAUUAUUUGCUCCUUCCAGAAGAAUAAAACAGGACCCAUGUUUCCUUUUUGUGUUGAGAUUGAAAGAAGAUGUUUAAAUUCUGAGAUUCAGGGAUUGUGGUGAGCAGAGCUUGGUGAAGUAAAGUUCAAGCUUCAGUCUUGGACACCCAUUUCUCUCUAAUUCAAGGCAAUAAAUUGAAGCAUGAUCUGUAAACUGUGAAGUCAGGCGAUCAAUGGCCAAAACCCUCCCCCUUCUACUUGUGACCUUGUUGUUCUUGAGCUUGUUUUCAAAUUUCCCGCCUUCGGUUUCAGUGACCGUUGAGACUCAGGCACUGCUUGACUUCAAGAACCAGCUACGAGACCCGUUCAAUGCGCUUGGUCCUUGGAAAGAAUCAGAAUCUCCAUGUAACUUCUUUGGAGUUGUUUGUGAUGAUACUGGGAAUGUCAUUGAGAUCUCUGUGGUGGAGAAGAACAUCUCCGGAGAGAUUUCUCCGUCGAUACUGGUACUCAAGAGCCUUACAGUGCUCGAACUUAGUGGAAAUCGUAUGUUUGGAGUAAUUCCGGAUCUUUCUGCCCUGAAAAGCUUGAAGAAGCUUCAUUUGACUUCGAACCAAUUCACUGGUCCAUUCCCAAGUUGGGUGGGAAAUCUUACUGGCUUAACUUUUCUCUCAAUAGGCAAAAACUAUUUCGAUGAAGGUGAAAUUCCCGCGAGUCUUGGGAACUUGAAGAACUUGACAUAUCUCUUUCUGGCAAAUUGCCAUUUGAGAGGAGAGAUGCCGGAUUCGAUAUUUGAUAUGGAGUCCUUGGAGACGCUAGAUUUAUCGACGAACAACAUCUCUGGAGAAUUUCCUAAAGCCAUUGGUAGACUGAAAAAGCUCACUAAAAUCGAGCUCUUCAUAAACAAGUUGACCGGGGAAAUCCCUCUAGAGCUCGGAAGUCUUUCGCUUUUGACGGAUUUCGAUGUAUCCAAUAAUCAAAUGUAUGGAAAAUUGCCUGAGGAAGUAGGAGGGUUGCAGUUCUUGAAGGUCUUCCAGUUAUAUAAUAACAACUUUUCUGGUCAAAUCCCUUCUGGGUUUGAAAUUAUGCGUCAUCUUGAGGGGUUCUCAAUUUAUCAAAACAGCUUUUCAGGGGAAUUUCCGGCAAACUUUGGUCGGUUUUCGCCUCUGAAUAGUUUUGACAUAUCGGAGAAUCAAUUUUCUGGUCCUUUCCCAAAGUACUUGUGCACAGGAAGAAGGUUACUUUACUUACUGGCUCUGAAGAACAACUUUUCUGGGGAGUUACCGGAUACGUAUGCCGAGUGUAAAUCAGUGGAGAGGCUCAGGAUCAGCAACAACCGCAUGUCUGGAUCGUUUCCGGAUGGAGUUUGGGCAUUGCCACUGGCCAAAAUAAUAGAUUUCAAAGACAAUGAAUUUACAGGAAGGAUUUCACCUGAUAUUGGGUUUUCUGCCAAGUUGAAUCAGUUGUUUUUGGAGAACAAUCGGUUUGUGGGUAAGCUUCCAUCAGAACUUGGUAGUCUGAAGAACUUGCAGGCUCUCUAUUUAAGUAACAAUGACUUCUCCAGUGAAAUACCUUCCGAAUUUGGUGCUCUAAAGCAGUUGUCCUCCUUGCAUUUGGAAGAAAAUUCAUUAACUGGUUCAAUACCACCAGAACUUGGUGACUGUGAUAGACUGGUGGAGCUGAAUCUUGCAUCAAAUUCUUUGACUGGUAAAAUCCCACAAACAAUUGCUCAAAUGAACUCUUUGAACUCUCUGAAUCUCUCAAGAAAUAACCUUACUGGUUUGAUUCCACGAAGUUUAGAAAAAUUGAAGCUUAGUUCCAUUGAUUUGUCUGAUAACAAGUUGUCAGGAAAGGUUCCUUCUGAGCUUUUUAGAAUGGGGGGAGAAAACCCAUUUCUUGGUAAUAAAGAACUAUGCAUUGAUCUAAAUUCCAAUGCCCGAACAAACGAUACAAUCAAGGUAUGCGUGGGAGAGCACGGUCAGAGAAGGGCAUACAAACACAGGCUGGUUUUGUUCUCUAUCUUAGCGUCAGUAUUGGUUGUGGUCUUAGCUGGCUUGAUGCUUGUGAGUUACAAGAAUUUUAAGCAUGGUGAAACUGAUAUGAAAACUGAUGUGGAGGGGACGAAAGCGGUAGAUCGAAAAUGGAAACUUGUGUCUUUCCACCAAUUUGAAAUUGACGUGGACAAACUAUGUAACUUGGAAGAAGACAACUUGAUUGGAUGUGGCAGUACAGGGAAAGUUUAUCGGCUAGAUUUGAAGAAAAAUGGUGGUACCGUGGCUGUAAAGCAACUAUGGAAAGGGGAUAAGGUGAAAGUUAUGGUGUCGGAAAUGGAGAUUUUGGGGAAAAUCAGGCAUAGGAAUAUACUGAAGCUUUAUGCUUGUUUACUAAAUGGAGGUUCAAGUGUUUUGGUGCUCGAGUAUAUGGCAAAUGGUAAUCUGUUCCAAGCACUUCGCAGAAAAAUAAAAGGCGGGCAGCCAGAGUUGGAUUGGUAUCACAGGUAUAAAAUCGCUUUGGGAGCUGCAAAGGGAAUUGCAUAUCUUCACCAUGACUGCUUGUCACCCAUCAUUCAUAGAGAUAUAAAAUCGAGCAAUAUUUUGCUUGACGAGGAUUAUGAGCCAAAAAUCGCUGAUUUCGGUGUUGCAAAGAUUGCAGAGAAGUCUCUUGGGGUGUCUGAUAAUAGCUGCCUUGCUGGUACUCAUGGCUAUAUUGCUCCAGAACUGGCAUAUACUGCUAAAGUAACAGCCAAGAGUGAUGUAUAUAGCUUUGGUGUCGUUCUGCUAGAAUUGGUUACAGGCAGAAACCCCAUCGAAGAUGAGUACGGAGAAGGGAAAGAAAUUGUUUAUUGGGUUUCAACUCGUCUCAAUGACCGCAAAAAUGUCAUCAAGGUUCUUGACAGCGAAGUCAUGUCUGAAUCUGUUGAAGAUAACAUGAUCAAGGUCUUGAAGAUCGCUAUCCUUUGCACCGCCAAGCUUCCAACACUACGACCUUCCAUGAGAGAGGUGGUCAAGAUGCUUGUUGAUGCUGAUCCUUCACUUUCAGAUCACCAGACAACAGUUAUUCAAAAAACUGAGAAGGUUUUUCUUGUCUAGCAUUUCUUUUCAUUCCUAGAGUUAGCUUAGCUUAUCUUUCAGUCUCAACUUUAUCAGCAAGUGUAGUUAUUCCAGCCUACUUGUUUGUAAAAUUUAGUGCUAUAAAUAUUUUGGAAGCACAAAA